CCCCCUUCCAUCAUUUUCCCAUCUCUUACUCCCUUCCCUACAACAAACAUGGCCGCGAAAUCUGACGGUGCACCCGUCUCUCUACGAAACGAAAUCCCACCCGAGUGUCCUUCCAGGUCGGACUCGCGGCGUCCCCAGCGCCGUCACACCGCGCAGCGCUACACCCUCCAGGACUGCUGCUGGACGCUCUGCGCCCUUUUGGUCUUCUUCUCGGACGGGGCCUCAGACCUGUGGCUGGCUGCCGACUACUACCUAAGGAGGGAGUACUGGUGCUUUGCACUGACUCUGGUCUUUGUGAUAGUCCCCUCCGUAGUAGUACAAGUGUUGAGCUUCCGAUGGUUCGCCUAUGAUUUCUCGGAAACCGUCGAGAGCAGCACGGCUGCGGCCGCUGUUGUGGCAGCGUCGGGAGCGGAGGAGAGCGACUUCAGCACCAAGGACAGCGGCGAGCGGGGCGCUGGCCAUGCUGCCUCGGCCGGGCUGCUGUCAAGGCCGGGCACCGGGGGUGGAGCCCGGGGCUGCUGCAGAGCCCUCAUGUGGUUCUUCCAGGCCAUCAUUCACAUCUUUCAGCUGGCACAGGUCUGGAGGUAUGUCCACGCCUUGUAUUUGGGGGUGCAGAGCCGCUGGCAUGGAGACCCAGAGCGCCGCCACUACUACUGGCGCAUGAUGUUCGAGAGCGCAGAUAUCAGCAUGCUGCGUCUGCUCGAGUCCUUCCUGAAGAGCGCUCCCCAGCUGGUGCUGCAGCUCAGCAUCAUGAUCCACACCAGUCAGGUGUUGCCUCUCCAGGGGCUUUCAGCUUCUGCCUCACUGAUAUCCCUCGCCUGGAUGAUCUCUUCCUAUCAGAAAGUCUUGAGAGACUCUCGAGAUGAUAAGCUCCCCAUGACCUACAAAGCCGUGAUAGUUCAGAUUCUGUGGCACUUGUUCACCAUCGGAGCUCGCACUCUGGCCUUCGCUUUAUUUGCCUCUGUGUUCCAGCUUUACUUUGGCAUCUUCAUCGUAGCCCACUGGUGCAUCAUGACUUUUUGGAUAAUUCAAGGCGAGACAGACUUUUGCAUGUCCAAAUGGGAGGAGAUCAUCUACAACAUGAUGGUCGGCAUCAUGUAUGUUUUCUGCUGGUUCAGCGUCAGGGAGGGGCGCACUCGCUGCAGGAUGCUCAUCUACAGCCUGACUGUGUUCAUUGAGAAUGUGGCGCUCACCACCGCCUGGUACCUGUACCGCACCAGUGCUGAGCGCCAUGGCAACUCUGACUUCUACGCCGUCAUCAUGGUGUGUGUGGUGGCCAGCAGCUAUGCUCUGGGCACCUUCUUCAUGUUUGUGUAUUACUGUCUGCUGCAUCCUGAUGGCUCAGUCUCAGGGUGGGGUUAUAUAGUAACAAAGGAGGUGCCUGUAGAGUCGCUGGCCUCCCCAGCCUCCAGCCUCCCCCCUGAUCUGGUGAGCAGUCCUCCCAGGACCCUCCAGAGAACUAAAGGGUCAGAAAGGGAGCAGGGACCUGGGAUAGAUGGAGAUGUGUUUCAGGUCCGGCCUCCCAGAGGAGCUAAGCUCCCAGUGCCUCACCUCAAACCCAGGACAGAGGGGCCCGUCAUCCGAAUAGACUUGCCCAGAAAGAAAUACCCCGCCUGGGAUGCUCACUUCAUUGACCGUCGACUGCGUAAAACUAUCCUGGUGCUCGAGAGUGCUGCCCCAGUCACUCCAAGGAUUCAGUAUCGCUGCCUGGGCACACCCAAAGAAGUGAUGGAGUAUGAAACCACCGUGUAAUGUGCUGAAGGUGCUGUGACUCAGCUCGUUGUAGUGUGGACAUCCUGCCUUUAAUUAAAACGGCAGGAGGAUGGCUCUCACUGAGCAGCCUGCCUCUGCUCCACACUUGUGCUGCCAGGCACUGCACACAAACAGGCAAAGAAAAUGGAUGGAGUGUUGUGUCUUUAUGUUCUAAGAAGAAAAUAUCCUGUGAUAGUGUGAAAUGAUGGUGCAUAUUUUGGUUUCUGUAUCAAUUCUCAGGUGUGACACAGGAGGAGGCAGCAGUUAGCUGCAAAGCUCACUGUCUGGUAAACUUGAAGAGUCUUACAGGUAGGCAGAGCAGUAGAGCUGUUAUCAAAUCAGAGAAAGAAAGUCCUUCUGAGUGAGGGUGCUUCAACACACCUUCUCCAGGUUGCUUACAACAGAGACGAGCCUUCAACAUGCAUGAUCGUUUAUGGCAGCUAGAACACUGUUCAAUGAGCAGGUGAGGCAGUUGAAGAGGCUGUCAUUUUAAACAUGAUCCACAGAAAACAUCACUUCCCACAGGUUUUCAGUAUGUUGAAGGAGUCUCUGGAAGCGCUGCUUCAAAUCUGAAGGGCAGGUUAAAGGCAACAUUUGAGCUGAAUGUAAAAACUGUUGACAAUGUGAUUACUUGUGACAAAGACUUCUUGAGCAUUUUUUUGUUGUAAUGCAACAUUCUUGUAGUAGUUUUUUUUUUAUUUUUUGUUAAGGUCAGCUGAAAAAAUAGUGUGUGUUUACAAGCAAUUUGGGACAUAUCACCAUAUUAAUUUUAACAAGAUGCACCUUCCUCCAGAAUGUGUAUAUGCUGAACAUUGGCCACAUUAUGAUUUCCAUCACAUUUACAGGAUGUAUUCUCCAGAUAUGAUUCAACAUGUUCAUAUUUUAUACAUGCAAAAAGACAAUGUUUUAUACAUAAAUUACUGUACAAUGAAGAGAAACUCAGCACUGUCUUUCAUUCAGAAAAUAGCUGCAGACUCCUAAAAAAAAUAUAAGAUUGAUAAUUCAGGGCUGAGGUACUUUUUAGUAACACUUUAGUUUACAAUUGUUUCCAUAUAAUUUCUAAAAUAAAUAAAUAAAAAUGUGUAAUUUGUUACAGAUUGUGUGGAAACAGAAAAAGUUCAAUGCUUUAAGCUGUGUGUUGAGUUAAACUUUUUUUUUUUUUUUUUACUGAAAACAAACCUAUUGGUGAUAAUUUCUCAAAAAUAUGAUUAUUUAGGUUUUCAGCUGACCUGCUUUGCACUGACUAAAAGAAGUGUGGUUAUACUGCUGUAGUUUAAUGCUAGGAUUGAUCAUUUUGAAGUUCAUUACCUGAAUGCAUUUAGGUUUGCUUUUUCUAAGCCAUAAUUAGUGACAAAUUAAUUAAAUCUUUCU